UUACAUUCUAUUUUCAAAUUUGCGCGCCAUUUCUAUUUUAUCGAAAUAAGUGUUGUGUGUUUCGUUUGAAAAAAAGAUAUAAUAAUCACAAAAAUGGUGCAUUUCAAGGUCUUCCUCGUCACCCUUCUUGCGGCGGCAGCAACCUGCGAGCCACCGGUCCAAGGAUACAACUACCAGCAACCCAGCAACCAUUACAACUCGCCAACCAACAGCUAUUUACCUCCUAGCACUGGAUUCUCCUCCCCCACCAACAAUUACCUACCUCCUGCCUACGGAUCAGGCUCUCAAGACUAUGACCAAGGUCAUCAUGACCAUGGACACAACCACGGUCACGGACAUGAUCAUGAAGUGCCAAAAUCCUACGAAUUCGGUUACUCGGUGAAGGACGCACAAUCAGGUAACGACUACGAUCGCAAGGAGAGUUCUGACGGUAACGUGGUACGGGGGGAAUAUAGAGUUCAGCUGCCCGACGGACGUACUCAGAUUGUGACAUACCACGCUGAUUGGCAGACUGGUUUCCACGCUGACGUCCGGUACGAGGGUCAGGCCAAAUACCCGGAACCCACACACAAUAACAGACAAGGAGGUUACAACUACAACGCACCACACGACUACAGUGGUUCCUUAACUGGUUUCAAUAGCAACCAGGGUUACAAGCAACCGUCUACCGCGUAUGGCGUACCUGGGUACCAUUGAUGAAUUAACCGUCAUCGUUUACCAUAGACUUGGUUAAAUAUAGACAGGGCUACAUUAAGGGAACGUUGAAAAAGAUGUAUUUAACAAUAAGUAUGAGGAUACAUACGAAACAAAAAUAAAAUAAAAUUAAAUGAAACCGAAAACUUUUUAUCAUAAUGGUAUUUUGAAUUUCAAUAACAUUUUGACAGUUACAGUUAAAUUAUGAUUUUUAAAAUACUUCAGUUCUCUUAAAAUUACAUUUACGAUAAUUAUUAACUAUGUUCUUGUUACUGAGUGUUAGUACGUUUUGUUUAAACAUAAACACUCAAAUAUGAGUGUCCCUGUCUAUGUUUGAUUAGGUCUGUGACCAACAAUUUUUACCACGAAACUUAAGUUACCAUUGUACAGUAACUUUGUAAGCCUUGUAUUGAUGCAAACGAAAUUGUUAAAAACUAUUUUCAUGUUGUUUUUUUAU